AUAAACCAGUCUCUCAGCUACAUUUGCCCGUCAGUCAAAGUUAGAAUGUCAACUAGAAGUGAACUUGUUUUAAUACUCGGCCUCUGCCUGCUCCUCAACGUGCUGGGCACUCAGGCCCGACCAGAGCCAGAGCAGAGUCCUGCCAAAACGAAACGCGAAACGUACGAUUGGUUUUCCAGCAUCUUGUCAGACUACUUUGAUGACAGCGACAGCGACUCGGAGGAGAUCCUGAUUUGUCGCAACUGUACGGUUAUAGUCGGCCAAAAAGAUCCGAAUCAAACUGCUGCACCAGCGGGUCCUCCUGCAGUAGCCCCAACUGCUGCCCCUGGCGCUCCACCUGCAGCUGCACCUGCCGCUACUCCUCCGGCUGCUCCGGCUGCACCUGCUGCACCUGCUGCCCCUGCUGCUCCACCUGCUUCUCCAGCAGCUCCUGCGCCAGCCACUGGAGAUGCCUCAACAGCAGCUCCUGCGGCAGCCCCUGCAGCAGCGGCCACAACUGCAGCUCCUUCAGGAUAGUUUUUCCAAUCCGUUCAUCAUCAUAGCAUUCAUCUAUCCUUAGGUUUGAACACGGGAUUCGGUAUACGACUUAACUUAUUAUAUGAAUAAAACUUUUGUUCUCGGUGCA